AUGACUGUCAUGAAUGAAAUACAAAAAGGAGCCUGUUUAACUAUUGGAGCCCUGGCCAAAGCAUUGCGCGACGAGGGCCGAUUGAAUGAAGCAAAAAGAAUAACAUCGAAACUUGAAGAUUGGCUGCGAUACCACAAUGAGAGCGAAUUUCAAGAGAUUUAUCGGCCUCGAGAAAAGCGCUCAUUGGACAGAUCAUAUGAGAGGGAGGACAAUCAUGCAAGGAUAAAGCGAACCUUAAUUCAUGCCCUUGGUAACGCAGCACACCCUGAUUCACUGCCCUAUUUACAGUCCUAUAUGAAACAUGACGAGGGAAUGCCUUCCCUGAGAAGAGCGGCAUCGCACGCUCUAAGACACUAUACUUGCCAGGAAAGUGCCUCUAGUUUGCUUCGAGCUUCAUUGUAUGACCCUGAGGAUGUUGUGAGACACACUUCAUUUGACGUUUACUCAAGGCACCCACAAAGAAAAACACUCACAAAAGAUCAGGAGGAUAUGAUACUGGAGUAA